AGCGUUGGACCUUGGUGUCAUUCAGAAGGCACAGGACAGGUGUGUGUUAGUAUGUGUGUGUGACAGGGAGAGGUGACAAUACUGUGGAAAACAGGAGUGGAGACUGUAUUGAAGCUACCAAUCUGCAGAUAUAAAACACUGAUCUUAUAGAGCCGGUGGAUGCGCUGCAGCCUGGUGUGGAGGCCUGAGACUGAGACCUAGCCACCUCUAUUCUGUCUCUGAAAUCACAGGCAGACAUCAUGGCCCAGGCGCAAGAGGAGAGACCCUCAGAACAGGAGAAAGAGAUGGGAGAGGAGACCUUCCUCAAAGACCUCUAUCAGUACAUGAAGAAGAGAGAUACACCCAUAGAGAGAAUACCACACCUGGGCUUCAAACAAAUCGAUCUUUUCAUGAUGUACAAGACUGUGAAAAGCAUGGGCGGCUACCUCCAGGUCACGACCCAGCAGCAGUGGAAGCAAGUGUACAACACCCUGGGAGGAAACCCCAGAAGCACCAGUGCAGCCACCUGCACCCGUAGACACUAUGAGAAGCUGCUUCUGGCAUAUGAGUGUCAUGUAAGAGGAGAAAACUACAUGGAGGUCCUGCCACGGCACCAGCAGAAGCGUUUACAUUACAGUAGUCUCAGUGAGGAGGAAGAGUGCCCCAGGACAGCCAAACGUAGCAUGGCAUAUGGCGCUCUCCAGACUUCCCAGCAACAGAACCCCCAUCAUUUCCUGACAGACUCCAGAGUGAGGAUCAUCCCUAUGCCUGCACACUACCAUCCAAACUAUCACCACCCUAGCCACCCCGCUCUGCCCCCCUAUGUCCACCCACCUCUGAGCCCCAGCAGCCACCCCAGCAGCCACCUCAGACCCCAACCCCCAUAUCUCCCCUCCCCUCAAGGGCAGACAGAAAGGGCCAAGGAGCCUCUGGAGCGCUUGCGCCUCCUGGCCAACCGGUACAAGUGCUCCUCAGACUGGAAUGAGCCACUCAACCUCAGUUGCAAGAAAUCUUGCCUAGAGUCAGGCGGUCAGCCUGCUUCGUCCUUUGCCCCUCCUCCCUCCAACAAAUCCCCAAAGUUUUUGAAUACGCCCUCGCCGCUUUACCCCACCAAGGAGAUGGCUAAAGACGAGGGCUGUGAGACACCGGAGGGGAAGUCACCCCCCGAGAGAUCCUACCUCUACCCCUUGGCAACCAGAGAUGGCUAUGUCAUCGACCUCACUUCCUCCUCUGGCGGUUCCUCCCGCAGCCCGACUCCAGCCUCCAGCCCAGGCAUGAAGACAGAGUCCCCCGUUUCCUGUCCACUGCAGAGUCGCAAGGUCAGCGCCCCCUCCAUGGUCCACGUCCCUAGACCCCUGAAGAGAGAAUACCCAGAUUGGCCCAGGGGGGAGAGGGGAGAAAGCCCCAAGCACAGUCAGGGGCCUCUCAAUCUCAGCUGCGCUCUGCCCAACCCCCCCAGAGAGACAGGGGGAAGGAUGGAGAUCCAGAUCCCGCUGGCGCUUCUCCAAGACUGGAUAAAAGGAGGCCUGCUGUGUGGGCCUGCUGGUUCACGGCCUGGGGCUCCAUCCCUGCAGGGUCCAACACCACCAGAACCAAGAGAAAGGACACAGACCAGAACUGACAUCUCCCUCACCAUGGCGAACCAUGCUGACCAGAUCUUCCACAGCCCUCACAGAGACCAGGAUAGGAGCUCUGGGUACCUGAGGGAGAGGAGUCUGGAGAGGUACAGGAACCUGCCUAGCCCCACCACCACCUGCCCUACUUCCAGUCACCGCCACCCCAUGGCGCCAUACCAGAUCUCCAGCUACAAGGCUCAGCUAUCAGGGAGCACCCUACGUCACCCGGCCAGCAGGGACUUGUACCCCUGGGAGAAACAGGAGAACUCCAGGGGGCCCUACCACCCAAGACCCAUGCAACUCCAUGAUCUACGGGACAGAGCCCAGCCAAUCCCCUUGAAGAUCCACCCCAGCAGUCAGUCUCUGGAACAGGAUGAUGUAGGCCCCACAUCCCUAGCCUGUAGUACAGACACAUCCCAGGGAAUGGUGGAAAACUCUAGGAAGGCUUUGAUGGUGGACCCCUCAUCUUCCUCUCUAGUACCACUGACAACUGAGGAGUUCAUGAAGUUAAAGAGGCUCAUCUCAAGCUCCUCGUGAACAGAAUGCAACAAGCCAACACUCCUGCUAAUUUACAGAAAACAAGAUGCACUCUGGGCAAAAGAUGUAACAUGUCAAUGUUGACAUUGGACGCUUGGAAAAGCAUUACUGUACAUACAAUAUUGCAUAGAGAAAUGCCCUGACACAACAAAUAUACAUGUAUAUAGAGUACUGUUUCAAUUAUGACACACAGCUCAAAGGGCAUUGUAGCACUUUUGAAAUACUACAGAAUAUGAAUUGUCUUUUAAUAUUCUGUGUUUUUAUCAUUUGAAGCUUGCUAACAAUUUAUUAUGCACUGGAGUGAAGUUAUUAUCCAAAAUGAAUUAUUUUUGUGCCUUCAUCUCUGGGAUUUGUUUUGAACAUGAAGUAGCAUUGAAAUAAAUAGUUUUUAAAGUUUAAUUAACAGUCACGAAACUACAGGUUUACCACGUAGACAGCAAAGGUACAUUUUGUGGGUGUUGAGAAUUGAGAGCCAUAAUGUUUUGAGAAGGAACAAUUACAGUAUAUACAAAUAAAAUGUAAAAGAAAAGGUUUAUUAUGAAAAUGUGAAUGUUUUAUAUACACUGAGUGUACAAAACAAAGUACUGACCAGGUGAAUUCAGGUGAAAGCUAUGGUCCCUUUUUGAUGUCACUUGUUAAAUCAGUGUAGAUGAAGAGGAGACAGUUAAAGGAAUUUUAAGCCUUGAGACAUGGAUUGUGUGCCAUUCAGAGGGUGAAUGGGCAUGACUAUAUAUAUAUAUAUAUAUAUUUGUAAAACAAUUUUUUCCUAUUCUUAUUUUACGACAAGUAAUGUUGGCAAAUAUUUCACACAAUAAAAAUUCUGAUCGUUUUUUCCUUA